UGUGAUACACAGCAUUGUUAAUGACGGGGUUCCCAGAAGGACCACCACAUCUGGAGCUUUAAGUUUGAGAACAUGGGGUUCUGCAGCAUGUUGCUCUUAUCCAAUAUCCUCCUAACUGCAUGGCUUUCUACUGCUAAAGGGGAAGAAAAGACAUGCUCACCUCCUUAUAUUCUAAAUGGUAUCUACACACCUCACAGGAUUAUACACAAAAGUGAUGAUGAAAUCAGAUAUGAAUGUAAUUAUGGCUUCUAUCCUGUAACUGGAUCAACUGUUUCAAAGUGUACACCCACUGGCUGGAUCCCUGUUCCAAGAUGUACCUUGAAACCAUGUGAAUUUCCACAAUUCAAAUAUGGACGUCUGUAUUAUGAAGAGAGCCUGAGACCCAACUUCCCAGUGUCUAUAGGAAAUAAGUACAGCUAUAAGUGUGACAACGGGUUUUCACCACCUUCUGGGUAUUCCUGGGACUACCUUCGUUGCACAGCACAAGGGUGGGAGCCUGAAGUCCCAUGCGUCAGGAAAUGUGUUUUCCAUUAUGUGGAGAAUGGAGACUCUACAUACUGGGAAAAAAUAUAUGUGCAGGGUCAGUCUUUAAAAGUCCAGUGUUACAAUGGCUAUAGUCUUCAAAAUGGUCAAGACACAAUGACAUGUACAGAGAAUGGCUGGUCCCCUCCUCCCAAAUGCAUCCGUAUCAACUCAACAAGGACAUGUGGGCCUCCUCCACCUAUUGACAAUGGAGACAUCACCUCCUUGUCAUUACCAGAAUAUGAACCAUUAUCAUCAGUUGACUAUCAGUGCCAGAAGUAUUAUCUCCUUAAGGGAAAUAAGACAAUAACAUGUAGAAAUGGAAAUUGGUCUGAGCCACCAAUGUGCUUACAUGCAUGUGUAAUACCAGAAAACAUUAUGGAAGCACACAAUAUAAUUCUCAAAUGGAGACACACUGAAAAGAUUUAUGCCCAUUCAGGGGAGGAUAUUGAAUUUGAAUGUAAACGUGGAUAUCAGAAAGCAAGAGGAUCACUGCCAUUUCGUACAAAGUGCAUUAAUGGCACCAUCAAUUAUCCCACUUGUGUAUAAAAUCAUAAUACAUUUAUUAGUUGAUUUUAUUGUUUAGAAGUACACAUGCAUGUCACUAAUAUACUUUCAAUUUGCAUUUGAAAUGUUGUUUAACUCAUGUCUUCUCAUAAAUAUAAACAUUUUUGUUAUAUGGUGAUUAAUUUGUAACUUUAAAGACUAUUGCCAAAAUGCAAAAGCAGUAAUUCAAAACUCCUAAUCCAAAAUAUGAUAUAUCCAAGGACAAACUAUGUCAAACAAGAAAGUAGAUGUAAGUUCUUCAACAUCUGUUUCUAUUCAGAACUUUCUCAGAAUUUCCUGGAUACCUUUUGAUGUAAGGUUCUGAUUUACAGUAAAUAAAAGACAUAUUGACUGAUUCUUCAAAUUAAUAUGAUUUCACAAAGCAUGUAACAUCCAAACUAUCAUAUAUUAUAUCACUAAUGCAUAUAAUUAAUUACUAUAUAAUACUUUCAAAUAAAAGAAUCUAAGAAACUUCUUUCAUAUGAACUUCUAAUAUUUGGUACACUGAAAUAAUAAAAGAUUCAAGAAAUUUUA